AUAGUCCUGUCAGCCUUUGUGUCGCCCUUUAGACAACAAAUAAAACCAGCUCUGGUUGACAGUAAACACUGUCUGCUUUGCUGUCAUUCAAACCUUCACAAAAACACACAAGCAACCGCUGUGAGAGGACAGAAACUCUACAGUUUUAAUCUGAAGUCUUCUUGAAUUACUGGUGGACUACUUCUUACAAGGUAGAAAGGCAUUAAAGACGUUCACAUCUGGAAUUACUGGCUCUACUUUUCCAGUUGAACUGAAGUUAUCUCACCAUUAGCUAGAGGCUGCUAACUUCACAAACACAGUGAAACAUCUCUUAGUGAAGACUCUUCUAUUUACCAGACUGAGAGGAUGUGGAGGAGACUGGCUCAGAUCCUGGGUCUGCUGCUCUGCAUACUGGGCUGGGGCUUUGUGGGCUGCACCCUGGCUAUGGACCACUGGAGAGUGGCCCAGCUGGGGGGUCAAGGGGGCUCUUCUGUGGUGGUGACAGCCUGGUACUGGUCCGACCUGUGGAAGGACUGCUAUGAAGACUCCACUGCUCUGGUGAACUGCGUAGACUUCGGGGUGCUGUGGUCAGUCAAAUCACACAUCCAGGCAGUCAGGGGGCUCCUGAUAUUCGGCCUGUGCGUCGGCUUGGUGGCCACAGUGCUCACUUUUUUUGGACUCGAGUGCACACACAUCGGUGGAGACCAGGGAAGUAACGACAGGAUGUUGAUAACGGCGUCUGCUCUCCAUCUGGUCGGCUGCGUGUCAGACGUGGCUGCUUACUGCUUAUACAUAAACAGAGUGGCUGCGGCUUUUUUACACAGCAAAGCAGAUCCAUCAAAACUGAGCUAUGAAAUUGGACCACCCCUGUACCUCGGCCUGGUGGGGGGUUUCCUCAUUGUACUUGGCUGUACAGUUCACUGUACAACUGCAUGCAGAGUUAACCAUCCAAAAAGCACACAUCCCGUGGUUCCCUUUAUCUGUGAAAAAGGAAAGAAAAAAGAAGCCUUACGAGGACAAAAAUACAUCUGUGAAUUGUCAAAAAGCUCAUAUGACUCCAGACACGUCUAUACCUACAAGAUGACUUCUGUUGUGAAUGUGUGACACUACAGAUUCAGUCAUCAAUCAAUUAAUUACUAUAUAUGUAUAUCUAUUAUUAUUAUUUAAUAACUUUAGUCUAAAAACACGUCAAUUUAAAGAUGAUAUUGGAUGUAAACAAUGUCAGAAUAUGCUUUAAACACUAGUGUUGCACUAUCAUAAGGUCUUGUGCAUAAAUGUUAACAUCAAUAUGAAUAAAUAUGAAUAUACAAAACAAA